ACAAUGGAGAAACAGACAUCGCCAAUUCCUCUGUGAAGAUCCCAAUCGAAGAAACCCCAAAAUGGACAGACACAUACUGAGAUUACUAAACAGGGUUUCGAUAAUAUCCCUUAUCAUGGGCACGAUUGCUCUCUUCUUUGUUCUGCAAGCCCCAGAAAUCUGUGUCCCAUCCAACAUCCCCAAGUCCCAUCUCAGAUUCCCCAAGUCCACCUGUGAUAUUUCGUCGCGGCAGCACGUCCCCCUUGCCAAGAAAAAUGCUCGGCUUUGGUCGUCCAAAUCCUGGAUCAACCGGGUUUCUUCGUUCACCCAGUUCUUCACUCAAAUCCGCGACAUGGGUCACCUCAAGACCCACUCGAAAGUACUUUGUGUGUCCGCUGGAGCCGGCCACGAAGUCAUGGCUUUGUCGAAAAUGGGAAUUGAUGAUGUUACAGGAGUGGAAUUGGUGGAAUCUUUGCCGUUGGUUAGCAGGGCCGAUCCCCAUAAUCUGCCCUUUUUUGGUGGGGCUUUUGAUCUUGUGUUUAGUGGGCAUUUUGCUGAGGCUCUGUAUCCGGCGCGGUAUGUGGAGGAGAUGGAGAGAACUGUGAGAAAAGGUGGGGUGUCUGUAGUGGUUGUGGAGGAAUGUGCAUCUGAGGAAGUGGACGAGAUUGUUGGGUUGUUUAGGAGUUCCAGGCUUGUUAAUGCAGCAAAUGUUACCUUAUAUGGAAGAAAAGUAACCAGGAUUAUAAUGAGAAGAAGUCGUUCUGCUUGAUUUGUUUUCUGGCUUUGCUGUAAGCAUUGAUUUAUUAUGUUGAUAAUUGAUUGGAUUAGAUUUCUUAGUGUUGAUUUUGUGCAUUUAUGUAUACUCAUUGGUUGUAGCUGUAUUGUUUCUCCUUCGAACAAUUAUUUGGCGUUAAAUGUCAAAUUGA